AUGUUGCCGAAAUUGAGUCGACGAGUUAUACGUUACAGUAAACGAGCUAUUAUGGGUGCGGCAUUUUUUUUCACGGAUGAACAAGAAAUUAACCGACGAAGUAGUAUAGCUGGAGCAUCCUAUAAUUUAAUUAAUUCAAUAGUUGGAUCUGGUGUUAUCGGUAUGAGUUAUUCUUUUCGACAAUCGGGUUAUUUUGCUGGAACUUUAUUACUUGUUAUAGUAGCUAUUUUAACUGAUUAUUCAACAACAAUUUUACUUCAUUCUGGUCACAUGGCAAAAGCAACAACAUAUCAAGAACUUGUUUAUAUUGUACUUGGAAAGUCUGGUUUUUUAUGGCUUUCAUUAGUGCAAUUUCUUUAUCCAUUUAUUUGUCUUAUUUCAUAUAAUAUAAUUAUUGGUGAUACAAUAACUAAAGUUCUUCAUCGUUUAUGGCCAACAAUACCAUAUCUAUUUCAAAAUCGAUAUAUUAUUAUUUUUCUUUGUUCUUGUUGUGUUACUUUACCAUUAUCUCUUUAUCGAAAUAUAGCUAAAUUAUCUCAAAUAUCACUUACAGGUCUUAUACUUGUUUUAACAACUGUAUUAAUAUUAAUAAAACGUGGUUAUGAUACUAUACCAUUUAUAUCACCAGAAAUUCGUGAUGUUCGUCCUGUGAAUACAAAUAUAGCUGAAAGUAUUGGUGUAAUGGCAUUUGCAUUCAUGUGUCAACAUAAUUCAUUUUUGAUAUAUCAUUCAAUGAAUGAAAAAACUCUUCCACGAUGGCGAAUUGUUACAUUAAUAACAUCAAUAGUUGCAUUUAUUUUUGCUGUUACAUAUGCUCUUACAGGUUAUAUUGUAUUUGGUCAACAAACUGAAGGUGAUCUUCUGGAAAAUUAUUGUCAUUGGGAUACACUUAUUAAUAUUGCUCGACUUAUUUAUGCUAUAAAUAUAAUGCUGACAUUUCCAUUGGAAUGUCUUGUUUGUCGUCAAGUAAUAGAAAUUGUUUGUAGUAAAUGGAUAAAUUUAAGUUCAGAUCGUAGUCAUUAUAUGAUUACAAUUUUAAUUGUUACUGCAAGUGUGAUAUUAUCAUUAACUACAGAUUGUCUUGGAAUUGUUCUUGAACUCAAUGGAUUAUUAGUUGCAUCAUCUCUUGCUUAUAUUUUACCAGCUUUGUGUUAUUUAAAAUUAAAACCACAUUCAUCUCAAAUUUUAUGUGAUAAUAUUUGUCCAUAUAUUUUACUGAUAAUUGGUAUAUUACUCACAAUAUCUGGUUUUGUUCUUCCUCUAAGACAUGCAUUACAAGAAGGUUAUUAUUGUCAACAUGGUAUUGAACCUUUUUAUUGCACAAGUAUGUUUUCACAAACAAUAAAUCAUACAACGAUCAAAAUUAAAGUAUAA